UGUGCAUCAAAGUGCAUCACUGUGUUAGUUAGGCCUGUACCAUUUACUGACUUCACACACUUCUCUUGAUUCUUUUGUGUUCGCAACAUACACAACCAAUGCUCAUAAACACUACAUCUCCAUGCAAACUAUGUUCACAUGGUUCAGUCGGAGUUUUAACUUCUAACUGUGCUCACGGUGGCGUGGACCGCAGCGGCCAUGCUGUGUGGACGCAUCAGCUGCUGCAGUAUUAAAAGUUAUGGCCUCGUGCGCACAAUAUAAAUUAGCAUUGCUUUGGGGCUCCUGUACAUUUGAAGCAACUGGAAGUCAUACAAAGCUACAUGAAAACAAAUCAACUGUAGAAAUAAAGAUCGGACAAUCUCUCUCAUCAGUUGGGCCCACACAUGCGCGUGCUCUGUAAGUCAUGGAACAGAACGGUGACGCGCGACCGAGGCCGCGUGAGGUCUGCAGGCCUGCCCGCUGUCGCACUCUGCACUUGGAGUUGACCUGCUGCAACACCUGAGCGCUGGAAAGCUGAACUCUUCUCUGAAGCUCCGGAGAGCCUCUGGAAAACGGAGAACUAAACCAGUGGAUAACUGAGAGAAGAGGAGGGAACACAAACUGUUGGAGAAAUGUCCGUUAACAGAGGAGCAGUCAAGGAGGAACACCAGCCUGACCCGGACAGUCAUCAUGCGGGUGUCUCCUACAUCGUUGAACGUCCUGCAGCUGAAGGGAUCCCUGAGCUGAUCGGGAUUACCGACGACGACAAUGAAGGCAACACUAUCCCCAUCUACAUCUCCUCUGAUGAAGAGGAAGUGGAGACUGUUGUUAUUCUUGAGGAUGAUGAUGACGAACCUGAGGACGAGGCUGUCUUUAGUGAUGAUGAAGCUGAGGACAUUCCUGCACGCCCCCCUGAUGACGAGGAUGAGCUCGGGAAUGAGAGUGGCGAAGAAGCCGACGACGAGGACACAGAUGACAGUUCUGACAGGUCUGAAUCUUCUGACUGGACCAGCGACGAAGAGGAUGGUGAUGAAGAGGAUGAUGAUGAGUAUGAAACUGAUGAUGACAGCGUCAGACCUCUUCGCUUCGAGGAUCUACCGUCGCUUUCAUCUGAGUCCUGGAGUUGCCUCUGGAGUUGCUCUGAAGAGCCGACUGCCUCAACGUCUGGCCUCGGCUCCUCCACAAAGAGGAGCAGGGAGGAGAGCGACGAGGAGCAGGAUCCUGUGAAGAGGAGGAGCUGCGAGGAAAGCCUCAGAGAGGAGGAAAGCCCUGAAGAGCCGACUGCCUCAACGUCUGGCCUCGGCUCCUCCACAAAGAGGAGCAGGGAGGAGAGCGACGAGGAGCAGGAUCCUGUGAAGAGGAGGAGCUGCGAGGAAAGCCUCAGAGAGGAGGAAAGCCCUGAAGAGCCGACUGCCUCAACGUCUGGCCUCAGCUCCUCCACAAAGAGGAGCAGGGAGAGAUACUGGGAGGAGAUACUGGGAGGUGAUCGCUAAGAGCCCGACGUGGUGUAAUGACAGUGGGUCAUUGAAAGUUUUUCUACUUAAAGUCACGUCACUUUAACACAGCACAGUUUCACACAUUCAAGCCUCUCUCUGUAAAGCCUGCGAGUUCUCAUAAUAAAAAUUCUCAGCGUUGUAACAGUAAUUAACCUUGAUCCAUGCCAAUUUAUACCAUGUUGGGUCCCUGAAUUUGAGGGAAUUGGGCCUGGAAAGUCCUUGAAAAGUCCUUAAAUUUGAUGUUUAAGAAGGUUUGUGAACCCUGUGUCAGCCCUGUAUGCAGCAGGACUGACAAUCCAUCUGGAAACAGUCGGAUCUCGUGGCUGGAUUUUUCUUUGUAGCCUUGAGGGCUGGCCUUUGCAUCUGGCAGGGCUGGCGAUGCUCUAGGUAGCGACUUGCACCAGGGCCUAUCUGUAUCUGGUGGCUGGAUUCUCACUUUGUAGCCUUGAGGGCUGCUGUUUGCGUCUAGCAGAGCUGGCAAAGCCCCAGA